AUGGCCUCCAGCGGAUUCACAACAGCAAUGACCACGCGGUCGCUCCGCAUGGUGCGGACGGAACUUGAAUUCCUCGCCGAUGCCUCUGUCAUUACCUCACAGCAGCUCUCAUCGAUUCUCUCACAGCUACCGUCCGAGUCCGACGCUCGUUCUCUGGUCCAAGAACAACAACCCUCACCGCAGCCAAUCCAACCGGUGCAACAUCUACCCAUCCAAACGCAGCCUCCUCCUGCCCCUUAUUCGCCCCCAGCCUCGAGAACAUCGAUGAAUGAGAAGUCCAGUCUGCACAACCAAUACGCAAGCCCGCCCCCUCAGCCCCCACCAGCCUAUCCUCAGGUCCCGCCGAUCACGGGCCUAGCGACGGCUCUGUACGCGUAUACACCGACCGACCCAGGUGAUCUGGCCAUCCAGCCGCGCGAUCGUAUUCAGGUUAUCGAACACAUGAAUGAGGACUGGUGUCGAGGCCGCAACGAGCGGACUAAUCUCGAAGGAAUCUUCCCCAGAAGCUACGUGGAACUGUUGAAUGAGAAACAACCGGUUUCAUCGCCCGCGCCUACAAAUUAUGGAAAUAUGCCGCUGGAAGUCAGCCAAGGUGGAUCGUCUAGUGCGCAGCCCAAUGAUCCCAAAUCGGAUAAGUUCCAGCAAGGGGGCAAGAAGUUUGGCAAGAAACUGGGCAAUGCCGCAAUCUUCGGUGCGGGUGCUACUGUCGGCUCCAACAUUGUCAACAGCAUCUUCUGA